UAUAAAGUGGGAAGGGACCCGCACGGACGGGACAUACGCUUCUGGGCUGGGUACAGUCAUUGUCUCAGAAAACCUACAAACUCUUUCGUCACUUUCUCUGCUUUUCUCUCUCGCAUAACUUGGGAGACUUUAUUUCUGAAUAGGAAUAACUUCAAUACCAUCAACGAAUAGGCUAUCUGGUGACGUGAAUGCUAACAUAUUCAUGCUCAUUUAGGGAAGGUGUAUUACUGGAGUGACAACUUACCUACACGUGAAAGCUUCAAGAACAAAAAAGGAAAAGAGAUGCUGCCCCUCUCCAGUAUGCAGACUCGCGGAGCGCUGAGUUCCUUGAUGUGCGUGAUGAGUUGCGCGUUGCUGCACUCUGGACUGGCCUCACGGCUGAAGUCUCCCAUUCUGCCCAUCCAGUCGGAGAGGGAGCCUUUCACAUCCAAGGGCAUGUCAGGAUGUUCAUUUGGAGGAAGAUUUUAUUCGCUGGAGGACACUUGGCACCCUGACCUCGGGGAGCCGUUUGGGGUCAUGCACUGUGUCAAAUGUUACUGUGAGACACAAAGGGGUCGUAAGGGUAAGGUGUUGGGAAAGGUGAGCUGUAAGAACGUCAAGCGGGACUGUCCUGAGCCUAGCUGUGAUGCCCCAGUGCUGCUACCUGGACAAUGCUGCAAGACCUGCCCCAAAGGCGAUGUGGACAGGAAGCAAGUGGAGGCAAUGUUUGAUGGCUUCGAGUACUUCCAGGAGAAGGAGAAAGAGGAUGACCUGCACAAGACCUACAAUGACCGCUCAUACCUCAGCUCCGAGGACAUUUCCCCUGGGGAGAGCCGUACUGACUUUGUAGCAGUGUUGACGGGAGUGACAGACUCCUGGUUACCCAGCUCCAGUGGUGUGGCCCGGGCACGCUUCUCUCUCACUAGAACCAGCCUGACCUUCUCCAUCACCUACCAGAGGAUCGGGCCACCAAGCAGGGUUGUCUUCCUUGAUUCUGAUGGAAACACUGCGUUUGAAUACAAGACCCCUAAGGGAGACUCAGACAUGAUCUGUGGAGUGUGGAAGAAUCUUCCCCAAUCCCACGUGCGACAGCUACAGGCAGAACAACUUCGGGUUACUAUGACAACAGACACCGGUAGACGGGAGGUGAUCGAAGGAAAGAUCAUCAAACACAGAGCACUGUUUGCAGAGACGUUCAGCUCCACUCUGACCUCAGAAGAGGAGCAUUCUGGGAUGGGAGGCAUCGCCAUGCUGACUCUGAGUGACACAGAGAAUAACCUUCACUUUGUUCUCAUACUGCGGGGACUGAUACAACAUAGAGAGAGAGACUCCCCCUUGGUGCCCAUCCAGGUACGACUGCAGUACCGACAACACGUCCUGAGAGAGAUCCAUGCCAAUGUCACCUCCUAUGACACAGACUUUGCUGAGGUGCUGACAGACCUGAACAGUCGGGAGCUCUUCUGGUUGUCAAGGGGCCAGCUAGUGAUCACCGUGGAAACUGAGGUCCAGGACCCCCGACACAUCUCCGGCUUCAUCACUGGCAGGAAGUCAUGUGACACCAUCCAGAGUGUCAUGUCCAGUGGUGAUGCAUUGACACCAGGGAAGACAGGCGGUGUGGGAUCAGCAUUCUUUCAUCUCCAUGACAACGGCACCCUGGACUACCAGGUUCAGCUAGUAGGGGUAUCGAGUGAGGUGAUGGGUUUGACCAUUGAGCUAAAGCCUCGGCGGCGCAGUAAGCGCUCCGUGCUGUAUGACCUAACUCCAGAGUUCGACAGGCCCAGCGGGCGGGCGGCUGGCAGCUGGAGUCGCGUAGAGGCUCGUCACAUCCACAUGCUGCUGCAGAAUGAACUGUUCAUCAACGUGGCUACCGCACACAGCCAGGAGGGGGAGCUACGCGGACAGAUCAAAGGCCUGCUCUACAGCGGCCUGGAGGCACCCAGACACGAGAUUCCUGUCCCUCUGGCAGGCCAGUUUGUGGCUCCUCCAGUCCUGACCAGUGCUGGGGGCCAUGCCUGGGUGUCCGUGGACGAGCGCUGUCACCUCCAUUAUGAGAUCGUGGUGGCAGGCCUCAGCAAAGCUGAUGACCUCACAGUCAACGCCCACCUCCACGGAUUGGCUGAAAUCGGAGAACUUGACGAACGCAGCACCAAUCACAAGAGACUGCUGACAGGGUUCUACGGUUCUCAGGCCCAGGGUGUGUUGAAGGACAUCAGUGUAGAGUUGUUGCGUCACCUGGACAGAGGGACAGCCUUCAUCCAGGUCAGCACCAAGGUCAACAUCAGAGGAGAGAUACGUGGACGGGUUCAUGUGCCUAAUAACUGUGAGUUUCGGACAAAGGGUGAGGUGGAGUUGGCGGAGUUUGAUGAUCUGUUUGUGCGUGAUCCUGAGGAACUAAAGAAAGACCCCCACACAUGUUUCUUCGAGACUCAACACCACGCCCACGGCUCACUCUGGACCCCCAACUACAACCACUGUUUCACCUGCAGCUGUCAGAAGCGCACAGUGAUCUGUGACCCGGUCAUCUGUCCAGUCCUCACCUGCUCUCGCACCAUCCAGCCUGACGACAAGUGCUGCCCCAUGUGUGUUGAGAGGAAAAACCCCAAGGAAAUGAAGACGCCAGAGAGGCUAGACGAGCAUCCAGAAGGUUGUUACUUUGAGGGGGAUCAGAAGAUGCAUGCUCCUGGGUCUACCUGGCAUCCAUUCGUCCCUCCAUUUGGCUACAUCAAGUGUGCCCUCUGCACCUGCAAGGGGGCGACAGGCGAGGUGCACUGUGAGAAGGUGACGUGUCCAGCCCUGACCUGCAGUCGUCCGGUACGCCGUAGCCCCUCAGACUGCUGUAAGGAAUGUCCGGAGGAAGACAACCCCCCCCUGGAGCACGCUGACAUGAUGCAGGCAGACGGGACGAGUCACUGCAAGUUUGGGAAGAACUUCUACCAGAACAGUGACAACUGGCACCCCCGUGUGCCCCUGAUGGGAGAGAUGAAGUGCAUUACCUGCUGGUGUGACCAUGGUGUGACUAAGUGUCAGAGGAAACAGUGUCCAGUCCUGACCUGUAGUAACAUCACCCGCCGGGAGGGCAUGUGCUGUCCUGAGUGCCAAGAUUCCAAAGAGGAAGAGGAGGAGCUGAUGAAAGUUCCGGAAAAGAAGAACAGCUGUAGACACUGAGCUGAGACCGCCUCUCCACCCGCAUCCCCCCUUCUACCUUCUCCCCCCCCCCCACACUCUCUACCUACCCCCUCAUGGGGAGACCUAGACCUGCACACUGGGUCAGCUAACACCCCCUAAAGCCAAGCCCCCUAUGAUCCUCCUACCCCGUCCCACAACCCCCUGUCCACUCCCACCCCUUAGUCAACCUCUGGAUUGUAACGACAGAAGGAAAGACAAGCAGAGAAAAAGAAGCAGAAAGAGGAGCACCAAGGAGUCAUGGAAGGGACUGAGGACGUACAGUCCACAGAAGCUAACUAAAAGAAUGGAAAGAAAGGACCAAAAAGAGAUAUGAAAUGGACCAACAUAACUGCUGCAGCUGUGUCUUUGACUGGUAUCUCCUUUGAAAUGUGUCUUUGACUGGUAUCUCCUUUGAAAUGUGUCUUUGACUGGUAUCUCCUUUGAAAUGUGUCUUUUGACUGGUAUCUCCUUUGAAAUGUGUCUUUGACUGGUAUCUCCUUUGAAAUGUGUCUUUUGACUGGUAUCUCCUUUGAAAUGUGUCUUUGACUGGUAUCUCCUUUGAAAUGUGUCUUUUGACUGGUAUCUCCUUUGAAAUGUGUCUUUUGACUGGUAUCUCCUUUGAAAUGUGUCUUUUGACUGGUAUCUCCUUUGAAAUGUGACUUUUGUUGUUGUUUUUGUUUCUAGUUGUUUUUCUUCCUCUUGAUGAAUAUUACCCUUUCAAAAAUCACACACAAUUACCCUUCAUAUUGGAAUACCGGUACACAAGGUGACACUGUUUGUUGUUUAGUUGUUCAAAUGGAUGUAUUGGUAGUCUUGAUUAGGAAUGAUUUCUGAAGUUCAGCCCUAAGUUGUGUUUGUGCAUACUCACUUUUGAGAGUGUGUGUGUGUGUGUGUGUGUGUGUGUGUGUGUGUGUGUGUGUGUGUGUGUGUGUGUGUGUGUGUGUGUGUGUGUGUGUGUGUGUGUGUGUGUGUGUGUGUGUGUGUGUGUGUGUGUGUGUGUGUGUAUUUACCAGUGGUAAAAGGCUUGCUAAACUGCCACAAACAUACGAGGCAGUAAACUUACUGGGUGGCUAGAUGGAAACACACACACAAAGCAGACUGAGCAUCACUGACGAUCUCAUAAAUCAGCACCACACAUAUGUUCUCUUAUCCCAUCCAGUCAGCACCAAUAGAACACUUCCCUUGGAAAAGCAUAACAAGAAUCUAUUCUAAUUGCUUACUGAAGAGAUUAGAAUAUACAGUAAGUUUACAUGAACAUCUGUUUUAGAUUUAUUUACAGCUCUGACCUGUAUUGCACCUCUUCAUGUGCUCGUUCAUGAUAUCAGUUUCUCAUUUCAGUAAUAUGUGUAAUUAUUUUAUAAUACUUUGUAUUAGUGUUGUUAUUUUUAUGAAUCUUGCUUGUAUUUAUUGACCGUGUGAAGGAAAAAAUAAAAGUUGUUGGU